CCCCCAAGGAGUGCAGGGGCCCGGGAGCCGUCCCUGUCCGGGAGAUCCCGGCCCCCGCCUGCCGGCGCAGCACGCAUGUUGGCGAAGCGCGUCGCUGUGUUGCGCAGCAGCCAGCGUGUGGAAGCCUGCUCUCAGGACCCCCGGUCGAUAAUAUAAAUUAUAGGCUGUAACUGAUUGUUUGUAUUGCUUAGCUGUAGUCUGUAAUAGUUUUUUUUAGCAUUUCUUUUCAGUUUCUCACCCGCAGAAUAAACUGGGCCUAUGUACUGCACUAAAUACAGAAAUCAUCUGUACAGACCAUUGGUGAAGAACAAAUACAGAAUCCUUACACAGAGCUCCUUGUAUUGAAAGGCCAUCAAGAUAUAGUACGAUUUCUAGUACAAAUAGAUGACUGCAGGAAACAGACAAGGUUUAUAGAGGAUGGUGACCAUGACUGGAAAAGAAUCAGGUCUCUCGAUAUUAACUGCAUUUAACUCUUGGCUGACACCUAAAGCAAAAGAAAAAAUUAGAAGGUUCGCUUCUGCAGGAGAUGAUGGGAUCAUAUUUCUGUGGAAUGCUCAGACUGGAGAGAAACUUUUUGAACUACAUGGACACGCACACAAAAUUACAGCUAUUGCACCAUUUUAUUCGUCAGAUGCUUCUGGAGAAAACAAUCAAUUGAUACUAACAGCAUCAGCUGAUAGAACAGUUAUUGUUUGGGACUGCAGUAGUGGCAAACAGAUUCAGAAAGUGUCUUGUUUUCAUUCUACUGUAAAGUGUUUGACAGUUCUUCAAAGACUGGAUGUAUGGUUGUCUGGAGGGAGUGAUCUAUGUGUUUGGAACCGAAAAUUAGAUCUCUUGUGCAAGACCAGUCAUCUUACUGAUGCAGGUAUCAGUGCUUUGGUUGAAUUGCCUAAAAAUUGUGUUGCAGCAGCUGUUGGCAAAGAGCUAAUCAUUUUUAGGUUGAUUGAUAGACCUGAAGGUUGGAAUGUCCUUGAAGUAAAACGCCUUGUUGACCAUCAGGAUAACAUCUUGUCGUUGGUCAGUGUUAAUGAUUUGACUUUUGUGACAGGUUCUCAUGUGGGUGAAUUAAUAGUUUGGGAUGCAUUUGACUGGACAAAGCAAGCAUCCGAGUGCAACUUCUGGGACUCUUCUCUCCACACAGAUGCACAGCCAGAAAUAAAGUUAUCCCAAAGCCCAAAUGAAACUUCAGUUCAACACUUAACAUCUGAUGAGGAGUGUGUGUUUGCUGCUGUUGGGAAAGGCAUAUACGUAUAUAGUCUUCAAAUGAAGCGUGUGAUUGCCUGCCAGAAAACUGCUCAUGACUCCUCUGUACUGCACAUUGCAAAACUUCCAAACAGGCAGCUGAUAUCCUGUUCAGAAGAUGGCAGUGUUCGCAUUUGGGAGCUCCGAGAAAAGCAGCAGCUACCAGCUGAGCCGGUUCCAACAGGGUUUUUCAACAUGUGGGGAUUUGGAAGGGCAAACAAGCAGGCAAAUCAAGCUGCUAAAAAGACACAGGAGAACACAACUAUGUAUUUCUUGGAGUUAGUUGGUGAUUUGAUUGGUCAUUCAUCAGCUGUGCAGAUGUUCCUGUACUUUGGUGAACUAGGACUGGCUACGUGCUCUGCUGACCAUCUUGUUAUUUUGUGGAAGGAUGGUGAACGGGAAUCUAGACUCCGCAGUGUAACAUUAUUUCAGAAAUUGGCACAAAAUGGUGGCUCACAGCUCAAAUUCUAAGUUACUUGAAUACAGGGUAAAUGUACAUAAACUGGAUCUGCAUUAAAUGUGAGUGUGAAGGGAAGUCUGAACUACUAGAAAGUGACUAUCAUUAAGGUUUACAUUUAAUGUCUUAUGUUAAAUUAGUAUUUUUGUUAGUUGCUGCUAUUCUUCUCAAAGGAGAAUUUUGCAGGUUAAAGCUUACUUGGCUUUUUCUAUCAGCAAAUCUGAGGCUUCCUGCUUUAUGUAAUUUAUUUCUUAAAGCUAGAUUUUAGUCAUUGAUGGCUCAGACUUAAAUAUCUACAAAAAAGACUGUUAAAUAGUUUUAAUGUUUGCAUUUGAAGUUGCUAUCCUGUACCAAGGGUAAGAGGAAGAAAGAAAUGUGGGCAAUAUCAGUUUGUCAGGUUUUGAUUUUUUGGUAAAAUGUAGUAGUAUAAAGAUACUGCUAGUUUGCAGCAGAUGUAGUUUUACUGUGGGUUAAUUUACAGUGGAGCUUGUAUUAGCACCAUUACUAUGUCUAUCAUGAAGUGUGACUGGUUUAGCUUAGUCUUUCUAUAGUGCAUUCAUCUAAUUAAUUUGUCUCUAAUUAAAAAAAAAAAAAAAAAGCACUGGCCCCACUGGAUUGUAUUGGAUGUAAAAUACUUCCAUAGGCAACAGGGGUUAGUGUGUUCACUUGCAGCCAAACCACAUCUGCCAGCUGAAUGCUAAAUUCUUAGCUGAAGCCUGAGUGCGGAGAAAUCUGCACAAAGUUUGUAAGGACAAAUAAUAUUUUAAAGUUGAAAAAAAUAAAGCCUUCAAGUACACACACACAAAAAAAAAAGCCUUAAGUUCUGAGAAGUAAUCUACAAAGCUAAGUAGGCAUAAAAAUAAAUAAAUAAAUAACCCCAAUUAAAACAAAGGAAUAAACUGAUCCUGACAAGGGUAGAAGCAAGAGGAGGAAGUGCCAGCUUCCUAGAAGAAACCAAAGAGCCUUUUAGAUUUGCUUCCCUAGCCCUGUGGGUGUCGUGCGCACCCCCCCCCCCCCCCCCCCCCCCUGGAAUCCAGGCAUUGCCUCUUGAUUCCUACCAAAAUCAUCCCUGGAAGGCAGAGCAGAGGGAUGGUAACAUUUUGGGAGAUUUUUAUACGCACGCACGCACAUACACCCCCCCCCCCCCCCCCAAAUUUUUGUGAACUUGUACAACUAAUCUUAUUUGUUGAGUGUAGAUCCCAAGAUGGCAUUUCCAAAAAAUACAACUGGAGAUACAGUUAAAUUCCCCUCUCCUUUCUAUUUAGGAAGGACAACUCAGCUUUAAAUCUUGAACUGCAUGUUCUUUGCUCAAGGUAGCUAUAGACUGGCAUAGGAAAGAAAUCUGAAUUACAACUGAUGAUAACAUUCCUUGUGGGUAUAUUAUUAAACAGGGGCCGGGGGGGGGGGGGGUGCAUGUUAACUCCUCCAGCUUGUAGCUAAUACAUUGUUUCAUCUGGUCUUUAUCAGCAAGCAUUGCAUUUUUAGCUACUCUGUGAAGGUACAGCCUCAGGGAGACCACUUUCUCUCUGGCUUUUUUCUUGUUUCAAGUGAGAAAUAACUGUUUAGUUGCAUAUAAAGAGAGAGAGAGAGAGAGAGAGUGUGUGUGUGUGUAUAUACGUGCAUGCAUGUGUUUUUACUAAAACUUUAUAGAGAAAGUUUAUAAAACAGUUUUUCUGGAGAUGCUAUCAUCAAUUAUAACUAGAGAGAAGGAACAUCUUUUUAUUAUCUGUUCUUCCUAUACCAUGAAAAACAACUAUUUCAUUUUUAUGUGAAUGCUUUUAAGUGAAUACCUGGUAGAGAAACAGUCCUAUUUAACUGAACAGUUCUGUUCACAAAACUCAUUGUGCAUUUUACAGGGAUGUAAUUCAGCCCUAAAUACUCCUACAUGCUUAAAAUGUAUUUACAUCUAUCAAAAGUGCCAUUGUUCUUAGAUACGCUCAGUUGGUAAUAGAUCUCCCAAUGGUCUCUUUCUUUAAACGUGGUUGAGUUUGUUAGAAGUAUUAAAUUGAAUAAAGAAGUUUUACAUGUGAAUGUUGAGCAUAACAAUGAAGUUAGUAAGGCUAUAUUAGCCAACUCAUUUUAAAUAAGAUUUUUUUUCACUUGCUGUUGAGAAGUACAGUGAGCAGAAUUAGGGUGACCAGGUUAGAAAUGUGGCUUCCAUCUAGUGUGCUUUUAAAUUUUAUUUUUCAGCCUAUAAUAAGUUUCCAUAUCUUCACCUCAUGAAGGUAUGUAUCACACUUAUCCUUAAUAUUUGUAUAAACCUGAGAAAGCUCUUUUAAUAUCUGUGCAGUGACAAUAACAUGAAGCACUAGCUGUUAGUCAAGUAGACAGGUUAGAGUCCAGGAAACCUGACAAAACUGGGACAUUAAAAUUAGUCUGUGCUGAUUCUUCUGCUCUUAAAGAAGCUUUGGCUACAUUAGGACAUCGCUGCACACAAAUUACAUUUUUGCUUAGUCUUUGGCUGGAGGAACAAACAGGAGGAUCUCACAACAAAUAUACUGAUUCCACAUUAAAGCCUUAACUCAUGAACCAGAACUGAGGCUGAACUUUAUUUCUUAGGUUCCUUCCACCAUUAACAUUUCCCUCCGUGUGUCAGAAAUGUGACAAAAUAAUGAACCGAAGUAUUUUACAUGGUUGUGGUCUUACAGUGAUGCUGUAUUUAACAAAUUAAAUUAAUGAUAAAGCUUUGAAAAUUUGUGAAAUUCUUUUCUCUAAUGCAAGCUGCAGCUAGAGUUCAAUCAUUAGGCUAUUAAAGAUACAACCAUUGAGAGCACUAGUUCUAAAUAAAGAAAUGAUAAAAGCAAACAGUUUAUGGUACAAAAAACAGAGUUUCAACUUAUCUGAAUAAAAAUCCAUUGAAAAAUGUUGAAAUACAUAUUAAGAAAUAAUUAAUAGAGGUACUUUACCAAAAACACCAUUCUUCAAAUAUACACAAUGCAGCAUUUUAAUACACAGCAACCUGCCUUACCUAUGACAAAAGUAAGGUUCUAUUACAAGUCUAACAAAAAUAUAGCUUAUAUACAUUUCUCUGCACAUACAUUUUAUGAAUGUUUCCUUUUUUUUCAGGAAUUUGGUACAAAACAUAGAAAAAAGGUUGGCACAUUAUGUAAGCUACCUGCAGUAAACAACAAUCGCUGUCACUUUUCUUCCACAGCCAUCUAAGUUCCAUUUUUUUUCCUUUACCUUGUUCAAUUCUUGACACAGCACAAGGGAGGUAAAGACUGCAUCUUGGGACUUUUCCUUUUAAUGUGUAAUGAACCAGCUCCUUAACUGAAGCCACAGCUUUGACAUGCUCACCUGCAGCCUGGAGUGCACAGUGUUAAAAAUCAGCAGUUUUGCUAGUAUUUAUUAACUGAAAAAUCUGAGAAUAGUCUAAAAUUUGAACUCAUGUUCAUGUUCUGCAUGUGAUUAAAAUGAGAUGUACAAAAAUAUGCAUUUGUGCUUUGGAAGCUUUAGCAUAAAUUUCAUGUCUUAAAACUAAUGAAAAACUAUGUUCAAUUUCUAACUUAUUUACAUCUUUUGAAAUACUUUUUACAUCACAAAACAAAACAGCAUUUUAUUAGGAGGGGAAAAAAGCAGUACAAAUUAUAAUGCUGUUAUAUAAUUUAUAACCUGGAAACUCUUUUUAAAAAGCAACAGGUUCAUACUAUAAGUAGCACAAUAUAUGGCCUUGUCAUAAAAUUUAUUUCGGUUUAAUAAAACUGAUGAUCAUGUGUACAAACACCACUUUAUAAAAAAGGAUGUUGAUCAGUUCAUUGCCACAAUGUUUUAUAUGUAAAAUUUGAUAAAACUUUGCACAGUAACAUCUCUUAAGAAGGCAGAGAAAAAUGCAAAUGGCACCAAUUAUAUAGAACAUGCUUCUUUUCCUCCAUUAUUUAAGCAAUUUUAAGUAAAUUUGACUCCUAAUACCAAGAUGUUACAUGGAAAAGAGAGAACAGGUGGUGCUUUGACAGAUUUAUACUCUGCCUGUGUAAUAAAAAAACAAAGUUGUUUUAAAUGGUGCAGGUUUUUUUCACUGUAUCCGAUUGCUAGAGGUGUGGUGUGCAUGUUCUCUUUAGAACUAUGGGCCAAAGAGCCUAAGAUAUGCAGAGUUGGAACAAAUUUAUGUGAGGUAAGCAGGAGGUUUUUAUGCUUAUUAGUCAACCUGUUCUCUUUCUACUGGUGACGAGACUACCCUUCUGCUUGAGAAAUAGCUGUGUGAAGUGUUAGUGAAUACAGUUAUAUCAGUUACAAGAUUUGACUAAUGCAUAUUCAGUAGUAGAAAUUACCUUUAAAACUACCUUUUCUGCCACUAAAUGAUAGUUCCAAAGAGUUCUUACACAUCUCUGGAUUACAUACCCUUUAUGAAAACAUCUUUUUUUGUAGAAUUUAGAGCAGUUUAAAAGUGACAGAUAAAAUAUUUCCUUCUUGCUGCGGUCUUUAGUUCACGUGAAAGGAAAACACCAUCCCUCUUGUAUCCAAGUUAGUAAGUGAUUCACAGUGAAACUGGUAGAUCAAGAGGUCCGUUUUUCUUGCCUUAAUGUCAGUUGUUGUUUUCUGAUGGAAGCCUGAGACUCUUGCACUUUAACUCAUCUAAUGUUUUCCAGUGUUUAUAGUUAUUAGCCAGGUGUUGCAUCAAAACAGGCAGAUGUGCAAAUGCUGAAAUGAACAGGAGGAAACCAUUGUACUAGAUAUACAUACAUAUAUAUAUAUAUAUACAUAUAUAUAUAUAGAAUGGGCAAAACAACAGUGCAACCUUGCCUGUGUCUGAAAUUCACAUUCUUCUAAUCUCAUCUGCUCUUUUAGUUGUAAGCUAAUGCUAAAAGCGAAAAUUCUAUUCUUUUUUUGGUCUGUUCCUUUUUUAAGCAAAUCCCUUUCUUAGAGUAUGGUGACUAUCACAUUAUUCUAGCACAAAACCACCGUAACCUCAUUUUUCUGCUGUUCAAAGAAAUACUUUGUUAAAGGAAAAAGAAAAAGAAGAAAAAAAAAAACCAGAUGAAAACUUAGUUUCAAGCCACUGCUCCUUCCUUCUUUACAUAGAUCAUCUGGUGAGUACUUAACUUCUCUGAAGCUUAUACUGUGUACAGUGAAACCAGCUUCAACAGAAUCAUUGCUCAGGUUCUGUGUAGGGUAGCAUAUGGACUGCUUAUAUAUACAAUUACUGCCCCUGAGAGAAAUGGGCUAAUCACCAGCUUGCAAUAAUUAAUUUUAGGCUAUAGAAAUUUCUGCCUCAGAGUGAGGAAGAAAAAAGCAAAACUACUUACCAUCCCACGCAUCGAACAUAUCUGUUAUAAAAUAAUCAAUGAAGGAAAUCUGAGACUUGGGUAUGCUGCAGGUGUUUCUAUCAAAUACUGGCAUUACAACAGGCAGACCCUGUCUUUUCUCUUCGUCGGUCUAAGAAAACAAAACUCCUGUUAGCCUCCAGAGCUUUGCUGGCUUUCACACUAGAAUAGCAAAAGGCCAAGGGAUUAGAUGAAUUACUUAAGACCAGUGCAGUAGGAGAUCUGAGACAAAACUUAGAACCUCAGAAGUGAACGGCCGUAGUUUCAUGUGCCCUAUUUCUUCUGGAGCAGGGACUGAAAUCAUUCUCUCUUCCCUUCUACCAGUACGUCAGUAGGAUAGUGCCGUGAUUGCUCUUAGCUUCAGUGAGACAGAACACACGCUCACCUGGUGAUUAGGGCACAGUAGCUAAAAAUGGGUGAUGGAGUUUUGGAUUCCUUUAGUAGAGGACAGAUUUGAAGUCUCCUCCUCCACAUGUCUGAUGGUUGUUCCAAACCAUUUAUUUUUUAAGUAAGAGGGAUGUUGCUGUCACUACUUCCUCUGCUUGUGUCUUGUGUAAGAUUAAUAGAAGUCAGACUAUGCCCUUUAACUCUGUGCCCACAAAUGGGAGAAGGUUGACUUUUUCUUUUCCUUGUGCUCAGUAUGGUGGAGGAGCCAAUCAGCUCAACAGUCUUAGUAUCUAAGUACAAAAAACAUUUUAAUAGUUUAGGUAUCAGAGUAGUCCCCAAAAUUACCAGAUGAGGUGAAUGAAGAGCAGAACAGUUCUCAGCACCUUAUAUUGCUGCUCGCAGACUCAUACCAAAGAUAGCCAAGUUAAAGCUAGCUCAGGAUACCUUGACUGCUGGGGGAAUACAACCUAAAUGACUUGUGUGCAUCUUUCCCAGAAAGCGAUCAAAUACUCAAAAGGAUUUACUCUCAAGGAUUAAAAUGAAAUUCAGACAUGUUCUAGGCUCUAGCUACUACUUUUUCUCAGUAAUGACUGUUGCAUCUGCAAUCUAAAUUUUGAUGGUAGGCAUGCCCCACUUUUCUGUCUUUCCAGCUGUAGCUACUAAUUUCCACAUUAUUGGCAAAUUAAAAACUAAGAAUCUACCAGUUGUUCAAAGAGCUAAAAGAGUAUUUAACUUUCAGGAAACUAGUGCAUUUGUGUUAGAGAAAUUGAAUAUUAAGAAAUAUUAUUCAGUUCUGUUCUUAGGGAUCCUAGGUGAUAAACAUUGCCCAUAUGCCUGCAGUACUGGACUGCCCUAUCAUCUGCCUACUGUGACCACAGUUAAGGUACUGGCUUAAAAGAGAAAAGGCCAGCCCGAUGAGUGAGUCAAGUGGUUCAUGAGGCACAGAAUCGUUCCUCACACUCUCUUCAGGGAAGGUAUUGGGACUAGAACCUGUAACAGUGACAGGCUUGAACUUCAGCCAGUGAAACUGAUUAAUACUAGUCAAAUAAUUUUGUUUGGCCAGACAGAGAAAGUUAAAACUGUAAAUGUGUUUGGUACUGCAGACUUCAGGGUAAACUUACUUAAACUAGCUAACUUUGACUGACUGACUGCAGUAAGUUCUUCUGCAUGAAAGUCAGGAGUCAGUUCCAAGUGGGGAAGAAAAGCAUGUCUGGACUGUAUACCAAGUCCAGGUAGACAUCAUGUGGACUAGCAGACCAGCUGACAUGCAUUUUCUCAGUGGAAAUAAAAAAUACACAUACCUGUGCAAAAUACUCUUCAGAAAUCCUCCCUGCCCAUUCAAUACAUAGCUCUAGGGGGCGGCAUGGAUUUGCUACAUCUGCACAUUUAAUCAUCAUGCGCUUGAUCAGUGUCUGGUUAUCUGGAAAAUUCUUGAUAUUGGCUGUAGAUUCACAGUCGCUGCCUUCACUCUGUAACAGAGAGUCAGUUAUAAGGGUUGGUGGCCCACAUCCCUGCUAGCACAAGUAAAAGCAUCGUGUGUGCGUGUACACGCGCACAUCCAUGGCUGCUGAGCCGCUGUCACUCCGAUGUGUUUAGCUUUGGGGGUAGUGACAGCAGGGGCUGUUUUACUUACCUGAGUUUUUACAGUUAGGUUCCAGUCACAUGAGAAAACUGAGGUGGGCACAGAGGGGUAAACUGACUUGCAGAAUUGCCUGUGUUUCUUUUAGAGGUAGAAGAGCAAGUCUGUGCCAUUCAAUUUUAGUAUGUUUUGAAAUAAAUAGCUUCUGUGCCUUUUUUGUGCUGGAUUUUGAAUGUAGGCCUGGAAUACUUUUUUUGGCCUUAGAUGCAUCUUGGCUAACCUAUGAGCCUAACACUGGAAAAUGCAAUCGUGGCAGACUGAACGCAGUAAAACACAGGACUGCUUAGUGAUUGCUCUGGAGAGUGGAUGGAGGAGACAGAGAAUUUGUUACAAGUCUGCUGUGGCAUCAUCUUCUGGAUCUUGAACAGCUUAGAAGGACACAGGUAUAUUACAUUCCUUAUUGAGUAAUAAAAAGCCUCCACCUCAGCUCACCAUGGCAUUAAUACUAUUUUCAAAAUAAUAUAUUUGUGUAAUUAUGGCUUCCCUUUGCUGCUAAGUUCAACUCUGAAUCAAAAAUUGAACAUAAAUACUUUUUACCACCACUGCUAAAUUAAUGCCUUUGUGGUUUAUGGGGAGAUAUUUUGCAGUGAUUCUUGCCAAUUGGGGCAUUAAUCUUCUAACUUUAUGUUUAACAGUUAAUUUUUUUCAGCAUGGGUAGCCCAGCAAAGAGCUGCCAAAUUAGACCUGCUUCUUAACUGCUGCUCAAGAUCAAAUAUAGGAGGAGGCACCAUUAACAACAAGGAACAGAACAAACUGCUACUAGGAAAAAAAAAGUCUGUAAUAGGAGUGGCUUUGUGCUGUAGUUUUAUUGCUCUCCAACUCUUGUACAUUUUUAAAAUAAUCUCUGCUAUAAACUGGUAAAAUAAAGUAAAUCAAAGAAAAUGC